AAGCUCUCGUCCUUCUCCCGCCUCUUCUACACCCAUCUGCAAGGUAUCGUAUCUCUGAAACAUCGAGAAUGCUCUUCUGCGGAAAUAUGAGCGGCUGAUCCGGCGUGAUAAUGAUCGGAACAGAUGCGGGCCCUAUGUCUUAGACUCACGGCUGUCCACCACCUUACGCGGUGCUUAUGGUGGAUCGGUUCUCUCGGAGUAUCCUUUGAGCCCUUACUGGCGCCUUUGUUCACAUCACUACGAUGUUUUACCUCAGGUAACUUUAUCAAGACUAAAUUGCUGCGACGCCUAGUACAUGAUACCAUCAGUUGGUGGCUAGCGCGUUACGACGGAGGACAGGUUGGUGCGUUAAUGGACUGUGAGACAAUUGACAGAUAUUUUGCAAUUGGCUUUAUCAAAUCCAUAUACAAAGAUGACUUUGUUGUCGGGAUAUUACCAAUUACAUAUUUGCCCAAUUUCGAGAUGGCUCCGACGCGGCUGGCACCAACAGCCGGAAGGAUUCCGUACCCGCUCCGGCGAAAAGCUGAUUCCAAAUACCUACUUUAGCCCGA